GGUAAUUUUGCGAGAUAUAAGAGAAGCAUUUCGGUCAGUCUUCAACGUAGUUUUCUCCAGCUUUGCAGCUGGAAUACAAAUUUCUUUCCACUCCGGUUUAUCAAAAAUCAUGUUGGUUCAGUGUGGAGACAAGUCAAUAAGAGGGGAAUUCCAAAGCUGUCUUCUUGGUCUUCGGUCAAAGUUCAGAGCCGUUUCUGUUAUGAGAAAUAAAAUUAAGAAUGUCUCUUUACCUUUGCGGAAGAGUUGGAUAUCAUCAUAAAAGAAAUUUGAUAUUAUCCGAAAAUAUACAUUCUGACAGUAAAGGAGGAAAAAAAUGGAUAUUAUCCGAGAAUAUUCACUCCGGUCGUAAAGGUAGAAAAAAAUUGGAUAUUAUCCGAAAGCAUUCACUCUGGCAGAAAAGGUAGAAAAAAAUCGGAUAUUAUCAGAGAACAUUCACUCUGGCAGUAAUGGUAGAAGAAAAUUGGAUAUUAUCCGAAAACAUUCACUCUGGAAGUAAAGUUACAAGGAAAUUGGAUAUUAUCCGAGAACAUUCACUCUGUCAGUAAAGGUAGAAGAAAAUUGGAUAUUAUGCGAAAACAUUCACUCUGGAAGUAAAGGUACAAGAAAAUUGGAUAUUAUCCGAGAACAUUCACUAUGGCAGUAGAGGUAGAAGAAAAUCGGAUAUUAUCCGAGAACAUUCACUCUGUCAGUAAAGGUAGAAGAAAAUUGGAUAUUAUGCGAAAACAUUCACUCUGGAAGUAAAGGUACAAGAAAAUUGGAUAUUAUCCGAGAACAUUCACUAUGGCAGUAAAGGUAGAAGAAAAUUGGAUAUUAUGCGAAAACAUUCACUCUGGCAGUAAAAGUAGAAGAAAAUUGGAUAUUAUCCGAAAACAUUGGCAGUAAAGGUAGAAGAAAUUUGGAUAUUAUGCAAAAACAUUCACUCUGGUAGUAAAGGUAGAAAAAAAAAUUGAAAAAUUGUGUGAAACCCGAGAAUAUUUACUCUGAUAUUACAGGUAGGAAAAAAAUGGAAGCGUGGGCAGUCCCAAAGGGCGAGACCUAAUGGUUCUGGAGUUGCUCUGGGAGUUUUUUAUUGGCCAACAUGAAGCAACUUCAUAAUGUACCUCCUGUGAACACGAAGGGGAAAUUUCAAUAAUGAAGCACAUAAGUUUCGAGGAAAAUAAUUCACCGUUUGAUAAAAAUGAAGUAUCUAUUGGAAACAGUUUAUCAGAAAGAAAUGAAAAUUUUACUAACUUUUUUAAAGUUAUACUGGUAUUAAAGUUAUAAACGCCAGUCUUACGUAGAUACAGUUAGGAGCUAAAAUGAAGUUUAAAAAGUUAAGAUUCAGGUACAGCUAUAAAAAGGGGGUUAUUCAAAAUGCAGCUACAGAAAAUACACAUUUACCCAUCCUUAUUCUUAAAUUUUUAGAAUAAUAUAUAUAAUGAUAUUUCUUAAUCUAAUUUAAAUCCUAAUUGAUUUUCUAAUUUUUAUCGUAAAUUAGGCCUUGUUAUUUAUUCUAAAUCGUUCUCUUGCUUCCCGAUUCAAAUCCCACUCUUUUAUUUAAUUCUACACGCGCUCUAUAAAAUUGCUGAGUUCAGGAGGCUCCCACGCUCAGGCAGAAGGAAUAGAAAUCCCUAACCAUUAUGGCAUUCUUUCAAAAUUAACUCAGAUUCCCUUUCCUAAGUCAACAGACCCCCAGAGGGGCACCUCGAAAUGAGGAUGAGGUGCUUCCGGCAUGGUGGUGGGAUCUCGUUACCCUGGAGGGUACACUAAUAGGUGGGGGAUCUGACUCCUCCCAUCGAUGACGGGACGGGUUGUACCGUCAUCGAGGGUACCAGAUCUGACUCCUCCCAUCCUUCGGGGAGGGUUGUACCGUGGCUGGUGACGGUCCUUAGGACUCAACCACAGUUUCCGCCAACGUUGCUGUUGCGGCGGUCCGAUUAUUCAGUUUCUAUGUUUUAAAUCCGUGUGCCUUCGUGGCGGGUCGGAGAGUUAGAUGGUGACUUUCCUAAAUCAACAUGCGUCACAGAAAUUCCUAUCGGGAUCUCUUAGUAAAAUCCCUGAAGGAAAACAUUUCUGUCACUUAACUCUUGUGAGGUGAUGUAAACAGGCGCGUCUCUUUAUCAUUGAUCUUUCCCGUUUAUCUCUAAAUUUAAAUUAAAUCCUAAUUAAUUUUCUAAUCUUAAUUUAACCCGUAUUAACUUAAUUCUAAAAUGUUCCCUUAUUUCCUGAUUUCACCUUUUUUUUUUGUUUAAUUAAUGCUACAGAAGCUCUUUAAACAUUCUUAAAUCAGCGGUUUUCACGCUCCGAGUGAAGGGAUAAAAAUGUGUCGAUCCAAGCAAAUUCUUUUAAAAGAUCCCUAUAAUUUCGUUACCUAAAUCGACACGAGUAAGAAAAAGCUAUCAGAAUCUCAUGGUAUACAAUCAUCUGGAAAAUAUUUCUCUCGCUCUUCUCUCUUUUCGCUUUUGUGUCGUGAUGUAGGUUGACGGGCAUCAUCGCUUCUUGCUUGUAUAUAAAUUAUGCUUCCUGGGAUGGCAUAAAAGCGAAUAUAUAUAUAUAUAUAUAUAUUAGAUUAUAAGACUACAACCUUUCUUUAAGAUUUACAAACAAUACCCAAAGUAAAGAAAAUGUCAGUUGAAAUCUCCCCUCAGGGGCUCACUUUCUUUUGGUGAGUACGGGUUUCACGAUCCCGAGGUGCUCGAGUGAUCUUUGCUCAUGAAGCGGUUAUGCUGUCCUUCUCUCUAUUCAACUAAUUUUUAUUCGCCAAUAUCAGUACUCCUUAAUCAAUAAUUCCUAGUUAAUGUCGAUUAAAAAUCUAUUAACUUAUUUUUUAGUUCAAAAACUUUGGUGCUUUUUAAUCAUCUCGAUGAUUUUUAAAAGUAUUUUAGGAUAUUAAUUUGUAACGUUGAAAGUUUAUUUAAACUAUAACAAAGAAAUUAGCCGGCCAUAGGAUUGACACCUUUUGAAUAUGCCGUUUAUGAAUUCUGAGUGCCAACGUAGGUUUACUAAACAAUACAUUGGGAAUGACUAACCAAUGUUGGAUAUAUUUCCCAUAAAUUUAUCGCUUAUAAAUUCAAAAAAGGCACGACGAGAAAAAACUUUAGUUCGCUUUCCUAUCGCUUGCCAAAUUUUAAUUCUAACAGUCAAGAUUAAUUUGCUGUACCUUACCAGUUACGUGUACAUUACUUUUGAAUACCAGCUUUCAUUUGCUGGCCCAUCGCUUGUCAAAAAUGAAAUUUGGCUGCUGGCGUCAGCUCUCCGAUUGUAAAUUCUGAAUAUCGUAAAUGGACAGCUGUCCCAUAUGUUUGCCGUGUAUGGCGUCCCGUAAAAGAGGAAAAUGGAGUCCUGGGACUCCUGCGGUGUUCCAUAUGGGGCUAGGAUAAUAAUGCCCUGGACUUCCGUUGCGUGCCCUUUGGUCCAGGCUUCUCUGUAGACGGGCGGCAGGGGUGAGCCCGCUCUCUGCCAAUCGGCUGGUGGCAAGCUUUAUAUGUAGGAUACAAAGCAUGCUGCUGUAGGGCUAGUGUUGCAGCUACAGGUGGAUUACCACAUGGAAACUGUAACACUAUAUCUCUAUGUUAUCCCUGGAGAAAGUGCUGAGGCUGGAAGAUUCCAGAGCCGGUUACUUCUUCCCCUUGUUGGGCUCCAUGGUGGGUGGGGAGACACCGAGACGAAAAAAAGAAUAUUUUCAAUAUGGCUCCAUCUCUAAUUUCGCGCCCUGGCAGAGGCCUAAAUCUGCCAAACACGAAAAAUGUUCUGGAACAAAGUGCUUCCGAGGAAAAAGGCAAUCAUCUGAUAAAAUCGACAUUCGAUCUUUUGGAAAGAGGAGAAAAAGAAAUCAGGUUUGACGACAAACAUAAAGACGUCAUUCUGAUAUUAGGAAACACAGGAAGUGGUAAAAGUACCUUUACGCAAUGGGUAGCUGGUGACAAUAGUAAAAUGAUAUCAAAAGAGACCAAAGAAGGUACUGGUGAAUAUAUCAUAGAGGAUCAUAAUAGGAUUGGAGAUACUACGUUAAAAUCCAAAACAAUUUUUCCUGAACUUGUGAUUGAUGAUAAGACGAAUGCUGUUUAUUACGACUGUCCUGGUUUCAGUGACACUCAGGGCACAAGCCAUGACAUAGCUACGACUUAUUUCAUCAAGAAAGUCGUUGACUAUUCGGAAAGUGUUAAAAUGGUUUUUACUAUCAGCCACCCCUCAGUUAGGAAAGGCGUAGACAGGCAGGAUUUCAUGAAGCUUCUGAGGCAUGUUACAGAUCUAGUGAAAGACAUUGAAAAAUUCAAACACAGCAUUGCCAUUGUUGCGACUAAAGUUGAUAACCAAUAUGUAAAGCAAGGCAAAAACUUUAUUUUGGUUGAAGAUGGCCUAAUGAUUGCAGCUAUAGCUGAUUUCCUGCAAGAAGCCAAACAGUAUUUGCAAGAUAGUUCAAAACGUCCGAAUCUUUCAGAAAAAAAUAAUAGAUUUUACGAAAACGCCAUUAAAUUUGUUGAUAUUUUAUUGGAAAAAGAAGGAGAGCAUUACACUAAGAUUGGAAUAUUCCGAAGACCAGACGAGCCAGGUCCUGUCAGUGAUAUCCCAUUGCUGCAAAAUGGUAAACAGAGUAUCGAAAGAAUUGUAUACGAAAAACUUAGUUUUACUGCAAAAAGUAACGAAGAUUUCGGUUACACAGUGUCUGAAAAAACAAAAAAUGAUAUCAAUGAGUUAGUUGAAGAAAUUAACAAGAAUUUAUGGUCAAGCUUCAGUAAUAUUGCAAGAAAUAUUCAGGAUAGUUAUCGGAAUACAGUACAACAAAUUCGUUGCCAAAUACACUUAUUUGUUUCGGCAUCUGGCGUUACUGGUGCAGAUUCUUCAGACGCCAAAGCAUUUAGAGACAAAUUAAAUAAUGGAUACAACAUUGCUUUAGAUCUAGUAAUUAAGACGAAGAAUUUAAUGAAUCCCGGGCAAGUGGCAGAAUUAGUUAACAAUGCAAUUUCAAAUUUAGGUAUCGAUAUACCUAAAGAUGAGGUAUUGUACAUUGCAAAUCAAGGGAAAUAUUUCAAUUUUCUUCAAACAGUAAGUGACAAUAUAUUAAGUUCGAAGCCUUGGAACCAAUUAUUCAAAGAAGUGGAAUCUUUUCUUUCUGGGUCUAAAACAAUCCUAUUACGCGAUGCAGAUUUGGCAGCUGAAAAAAUAAAUAUCAGGAUGCAAAUUAGUUUGAACGACACAAUAAAAUCAAUACAAGAACAAUACGUUGAAAAAAUUAAGUUGCUUGAGAUACAGAAAUUGCCCGAGAUACUUAACCGAGACAGGAACACUAUCGCCGAAUUAACAGAAGAAAUAAUGAAUGGAACAACAAUCGAAAAACUGUUGAAUACAGUUGAUGAUAUUGCAAAUAAUUUGAAAGUAUCUGUACCAAAAGAAUAUUUGCAAAAUAUUACAUUUCAAGGAAAAUACCUCAAGUUCUUGGAGAUUAUAAGCGAUGAGACUUUAGCUGAUGAAUCAAUAGGUUGGCUAUCUCCGUUUCAAAGUAUAGCUAAAUAUUUUUAUGAAUCCGAAAGAUGGUAUAUAUUUCUAGAAGACUUAUAUAAAAAGCUUUCUGAAUACGAUAUACAAAAAGACAGGCAAAGGUAUAACGUUGCUAAUAUUGAAGAUUGGGGACAACCGUUAAAACCACAAGGCAUAUUUAUAGCUCCCAACACUUUCGAGAAGUUUCUCAGUAAAAUCAGGGAUUAUAAUGUGACUGGAUACGAAACUAUUAAAAAUCUUACAAUAGCAACGACAGAUUUGUGCAUAGAAGAAAUAAACCAAGUUUUAAGUUUAACGUUAAAGCACAGACCGACCGUUCGAUGUUCAGAGCCUCAUAUAAUUGUAAAAGGCAGUUUCGUCAGCCUUAACGAAACAAUGCAAAAUAUAAUGAGUAACUUCGAUACGGAUAACAGGUGCAAUAACUUCAAAGUUCAAUUUGCUUCAGGUAAAUAUAACUUGUUUAAAAUUUUUGCUUUAAAUAAAGUGUUUAUUGAUGCCGAUUUGUCGUUUGCAGAUAAAGGAACAUCCGUGGCUGUCAUGGCCCCCGAUUGGGAAAUCAUAGGCUCCAGAAGUAUAGAACUUAAUGGAGCUGAUGGAACUCUACAUGCCGAAUCAAAGGCAAAAAAUGGAGCUAACCCUAUAAAAGAUGGGGCAAAUGGUUCUCCAGGUAAACCUGGACAAUCUGGUGAAUCUUUCUUCGGAGUAGGUGCUACUUUUGUUGGAGGGGAAAAUCUAAAAAUAACUUCUAAUGGUGGCAAGGGCGGUCCCGGACAGGAUGGAGGUGAUGGAGUCUCCGGUGAUCCUGGGCGGGACGCUCAUACGCCCUAUAAUUCGGACCCACCCUGCGACAAUGGUUGUGUCCGCGGUUUUAAGUGUGAAGGAAUAAGAAAUAAAAGCGGUGGCGGACUUGUCAUCUUGACUGUCAUCCACAGAGAGUGGUCCUGCACAGAAAAACCUUUCAUGAUCUACGGAUUACCUUGUAGCAGAGGGGGUAAUGGAGGAAAUGGGGGAAAAGCAGGAAAAGGAGGUGAUCCGGGAAAUGUCACCGUUAUAGAACUGAGCCAGCCUUCGAAGAUAACCAAAUUCACUUCUACGGGGGUAGAAGGCAAAAUGGGUACAGGUGGAUCUGGAGGGUCGGGAGGUACGAAUGGAAAUGAUGUAUAUGCAAAAUGGUCUCAUUGUGAACCAAGCUGGCUUGGGUAUGUACUUGGAGGGCUAAGGGCAUAUUCGAAAUGGGAGUGGGAAAGAACAGUCACAAAUGAUGGAGUAUGCCCCACAGGAACCAACGGCACAAAAGGGGAAAAUGGCAGUCCACAAAAUCCAUUACCUGCAAACGGCAUUCGUGACUUCUCCAAUUUAAUCAACGAGUACAAAAAUUACGUUCGUUUAAAUUUAAAUAAUCGUUUCAAAAGAUAUUAUCUCCUGCAAUUUGUAGACAAGCUAAAUGGCAACAGCGAUGUAAGAAACCUUUAUGAUACACUUGGACUUAUUGCUGAAUUUCAAGGUUUGGAAAGUCAGUUUCAUAAAUUAAGCGACCAAAUGGAUUUUUGCCCCUUUUAUAGUUCAUUGCUGGAGAGGAUAAGUGAGUUUGCGAAAAGUCACAAAGAUGGUCCAAAUUUCGACGAGAAUAAAAAAGUUCUUAACUACUUAUACACUGCUGCAUUAGGAAGGAUGUACGAUUUAAAAGAAAUUUCCGAAUCUGAAUUAAUAAUAGAUAUCUACCAUUAUCUGAAUUUGGUUAAAGAAAAUAUAAAAACUCUAAAAGAUCUUCAAAUUAUGAACAUAAAAGUCGAUGCCAUUAACAAGUACAAAGAAUAUUAUAAAAAAGGUAUAGACAAGAAGAUAGAGGAAGCUGAAUCUUUCAUCAAGAAGAUGAACCGUGAAAUCGAGAAAGCCAGUCUGAAAAUUGAGGAUCAGGUGUACAUUUUGAUUGAAGAGACGUUUCUACUGCAGAAACAAGCUGAAAAGGAAAGAAAAGAACUGAAGGAGAAAAGAGAAAAACUGGAAAAUGCUUUAGAAAUAAAGGGAUUGUUCAGGUGUUUUCAAAUCAUAGGAGGAAUAGUAAGUUUCUUAAGCCCAAUUGGAGCUAUUGUCGGCACGGUAAUAGAAACAGCAAGCACUGUAGGUGAAUCUUUGGCCUUAGGCAAUCAGCAACAAACCCUGAAUUUGUCACCAGACAUCGUAUCAGCCAUAAAGUUUACAGGCGACCAAAUUAAAGCAUUGAGAAAUCAAAAAGUUGCAUAUCUCAACAAACUGUUGAAUAAUGUGUCUGAAGAAAUAAAGAAAAAUCCCGAAAAACUGAAUGACAUGACACGCAAAAUAACCGAUAUUGAAGACAAGUUAAAGAAGGCCACAGAGGAUAAAAUAGAUUUUAAACAAGUAAAAUUGCUAGAAAGUGAACUUAAACGAGAACUGAGAAGAAAAUCAGAAGAUCUGAAAAUCCAUUCGGGCGAUAAAAAAAGUGUCGAUGCUCUGAAAAUCAUAGGAAAGUUAUCACAAAUUGUCGAAUUCGGCUCGUUGUUGCUUCAUUUGUAUGACAAAAUGAAAGGGGAUCAAGAAAAAAUUGAUGUCAUAACCGAUGCUGUAGAAAAAAUUGACAAUAAAAUUAAGAAACUCAGGGAAUACGAAGAUAUCAUCUAUGAUACCAUCGCACCAAUGUUGCAAGAAAUGGAAGACCAUAUGAAAGACAUAAGUGACAAACUUGGAAGCAAAUCCCAAGUAUCCCUGGAUGUCACGAAAUGGCAAGUGCAGAGUACUCUGAAAGACAUGAAGUUGUUAAUGCAACAAUUAACAGAAAGAUUCGUAGUGAAAGAUGAACUCAGUCGUAGCAUAGAGAAGUUGGAUGAAGUUAUGACCACCACGAUCAACCUGUAUGAUCGCAUACAAAGUUACCAGAACCAACAGAACCUGGCUAAUUAUAUCGCAGACAUCAGUUCUGUCGCGGCAAGUAGCAUCGCUAUCAAGGACCAACAGCUUGUAAAUGCAGUCAACCGACUUGAAUUUGUAAUAAGGGCCAACAUAGUGCUAAAACAGUACAAAACAGCAAUCGAUGCUUUAACGCAGUGGGCGUUUCCAUUCCCAGACCGCUAUAUCGAGAAGUCCAUGCUUCCGUCUCAACUUGAACUGAACACGAAUAUCCAGGACCUUGUUCAAGAAGCGAUGCGACGAAUAGAAAGGAUUAAACAGAAAUUAGAUUUGUACAAGACUACUGUGAGGGAAGGUAACGCGUCCCUUAUGAAGGGAUAUUUUAACGGACAAUCUCGUUCAUCUAAGCCAUUCUUUGUGUGGGAAAAUAAGGAAUAUGGAGGUUUAAUCUCGGAUUUGUUGUUAGGAAAAGAAGUUGUUUUCAAAGCAGAUAUAAAAAAAUCUCCCCCACUUAAAGAUGCCAUCAAAUUCAGUGAAAUCGAUUUUGAUUUUAAAACAAUAAAUGAAAGUGCUCAGUCUCUACUAUCUGAAACUCUCAAAGGAUUCGAUAUAAGAGCGAUUCACUUGGGUAAUUCCUACUACAGAUACGCCAAUAAAAUCUUUCUGAUAACCAGCGACAGCGUAACAAUCUACUACUCUUUCGAGAAGAACGAAGAUGGAAUACGAUUACGAUCGAAUGGAGUGUAUAACCAGCUCGAAUCAGGUGAUCUAUUGAUGAGCCCUUACACUUUAUGGGAAAUAAAAUUAAUUAACGCAACAGAUCAAUAUUCUUAUCCAGAUUUGGAAAGCUACAAAAAUGGAAUCGAUUUAGAGCUGACAGGAUUUGGCAGCUAUGUUGAUAUGAAUCCAAUGAAGCUUACCGCAUACAAGUCCACAAUAGUGCAUGACAGUACUAAUCGAUAUGUACUCGAAUCUAACGCAACCGAUGAUACUGAGUGUAUGAGACCCAAAUAUCGUUUGGUUAGGUCACCUAACGAAUAUUUUGGAAACGGUGAUUACACGACUAACGGCGCUGCAUGCUGCAUGCCAUCGCCGAUAAAUUUCUUAUGUAAUUUCCUGAAGACUUAUUUCGUAUCAAAUGCAAUGAUAUCAAUCAAACAACUCUUUAUAAGGAAACAAAGAUGGACCAUCACCGAUCCAGCAGUCAUUUCGAAUCCUUCAUCUACGGCAGAAAAAGCGAAAUCUGCAACAGACCAUUUGAAAUGCAAUGGAGAAAAAAUCGAGCGGACAUCUGAAAAUAUUUUCAGUGGUGAUUUUUAUGACGGCAGCAGUCUUUUGCUAAAUGAUUAUAGAGACAAUGGCAAGAAUCAAUUCAUUCAGGCACCGGAUUUAAACUGUUCUUUAUUGCUUGCUGAUCUUGUUACAAGAACUAUAACUGGAAACAGAUAUAAAUCAGCAAUAGACAAUUGCUUAUUUUCUCCACGAAAAGUGGUAUUUGAAAAGAUAAGCAACGGAGCAGUGAGAAACGAAAUCGGCAUCAAGCGGCAGCUGCAGCGCCAUCUUUCGGAAAAAGAAGACGCGAGGACAAAUUCUUGGCUUACUAAGCUAAAUGGUUAUGCUAAGAAGAUGCUUCAGCUUUUGGGGAUAAUGGGAAAUGAUGAGACUGAGGAAUAUGUUCAAGAUAUUCGAAAUUUAUUUACUUAAAGAAUGAAGCAUGUUUCUAAACAGUUAAAAUUUUAUAAAAAUGAUAAUCAUUCUUCUAAUCAAAAAAAAAAAACUAUACAUUAGUUUUAUAAUAAAAAUGAUGAAUACAAUAAAUAAUAGUAUCUUAAUUAAAUUCGUAAAUUCUGUCCAUAUUUUGUGAAAGAAAAUGUUUAAAAAAAUUAUUAUUGGAAAUAAAUUUUUAACUAAAACUAUCUGAACAACUUAUUAUUAUUAAUAAUUUUGAAUAAUUUUCAUAAUUUAUUCAUUUAUUUUCUUUUUUAGUGAAAACGAAAUUUUUGUCUCAUCCUUUUCGAUCUUUUAUUUUCUUUCUAGUUGAUACUUUUUCUUUUUGCUUGUAAAUUAAUGAGAAAAUGAUAUCUUUUUUUAUAAAUUGCAUGCACGUAUCAAUGCUCUUACGGAAUGAAAAAAAAACGCUGCCCUUUGAAAGAAUGCCCGAAUUUCUAUAUGUAGGAUUUCAAACAUUUACUAAGAACACUGCUUAAAAUCAAAUUUUAACAUGAUUCUCAUAGAACUUAGUAUUUAAUAUCAUUUUGGAUUGAAAUAAGUUUGUACAAUUUAUACAAAAUGCGUUAAAAUUUACAAAAACCUCAAAGAAUGCUAUUACGUGCAAGAAGAAUCUAUGGAUUAAUAAGAAAUUUGCUCUGUUGUAUUUAUUAUGUUGCUCUCGUAUAUUUCGGAAAUGGUAUUUCUAUCAGUAAGAAAUAGAUGCUUUAAUAUGUGUUAUUAAAUAUUGUUUUCCAAGAAACUCUAUUCCAGCUUUAUAUUUUAUUACAUCACUAUGUAUCCAAGGAACACUACAAAUUCUUCACAUAUAAAUUAUUUAGAGAAUUUUUAAGUGUAAUUAAAUUUUGUUUUCCAAGAACUUUUAUUCCACCUUUAUAUUUUAUUACAUCAUUGCAUGUUUCCAAAGAAUACUCCAAGUUCUCCAUGUAUAAAUUAUUUAAAGGAUUAUUAAGUGUAAUUAAAUAUUGUUUUCCAAGAACUUCUAUUCAAGCUUUAUAUUUUAUUACAUCAUUGCAUGUUUCCAAAGAAUACUCCAAGUUCUCCAUGUAUAAAUUAUUUAAAGGAUUUUUAAGUGUAAUUAAAUAUUGUUUUCCAAGAACUUCUAUUCAAGCUUUAUAUUUUAUUACAUCAUUGCAUGUUUCCAAGGAACACUUCAAGUUCUUCGUGUAUAAAUUAUUUAGAGAAUUCUUUGU